CUCCGCGAAGGAAAAGUGUCACCCUCCUCCACACGUCAGUCAGGAAAAAAGCAGUAAAAAUCCAGAAUUGAAAAUUCAGAUUAAAAGUUCCUUCAACGGGUGUCCGCGCGAGUGUGGCCAUUUCGGUGUUGCAAGCGGGUUCCGAGCCAGGUUCUUGCUGGGUGUAGGGGGGAACCAGCAAUGGCCACCACGGCUGGAAGUUGAGAAAGACUCAGGAAGAAAAAAAAAAACUUGCCAGGGAAAAGUGAAAGAGGAGUGCAGAGAGAAAGAAAAAAAAAACAAGGAAAAAUGGUUCGCACGGAAGUUGCGCUGGCGAAAUUGGUCCGCUGAGGGGCGAGCGCGCAAGUGGAGCAGGUUCCCGAAAGUAAAUAGUGUUCCGUCUGGAGGGAUCCGCGGGUGUGUGUAUUAUCGUGAGUGUUGUUUUUGUUGUUGCUGCUGGGGUGGCCGCAACCAGCUAUCAUGGAACAGCUGCCCUGGCGGAGGGGCAGGACGAGGAUGAGGAGGAGCAGUACGAGCGGGUUGAACGGUUUGCUGCGGCUAGCGCUGGCCGCCCUGGUGCUGGUGGUGGCCCUCACGGUGGAGGCGGCCGGCAGCAGCAGCCUGACCAUGACCGGCGGUGUCCACUCGGGCGGGGGAAAGUGCUCGGAGAUCCGGUGCAUGAACGGGGGCAGCUGCCGCAACGGGACCUGUCUCUGUCCGGACGGCUGGCAGGGCUCGGAGUGUCAGUUUUGCGGUGGAAAAGUUAGAUUAACCGAUCCGUCCGGCAGCAUCCACGACGGGCUCGGCAACUACUCGAUCGGCGUCAAGUGCAGCUGGCUGAUUGACGCCCGGGAUCACAACAGCAUCGCCGCCGCUCAGACGACCGCGAUCGCCAAACCGUCGGUCAUCCGGCUGCACCUGGAGGAGUUUGCGACGGAGUGCGGCUGGGACCACCUGUACGUGUACGACGGGGACAGCGUCGAGUCGCCGCUGCUGGCCGUGUUUAGCGGGUUGAUGUACCGGAAGAAUUUCAGCAUCCGGCGGAUUCCGGAGGUGUUUGCGCACAGCGGGUCGGCACUGUUGCACUUCUUCAGCGAUGACGCGUACAACAUGUCCGGGUUCAACAUCAGCUACCAGGUGAACGCGUGUCCCACGGUGGACACGGCGUUGAACUGUUCCGGGCACGGGGUGUGUGCGGCCGGGGGUGAUUGCAGCUGUGAUCCGGGCUGGACGGGGUUGGCGUGCAACGUGGCACGGUGUCCGAACAACUGUUCGUCGCAUUUGGGCCGGGGGACGUGUAACGUGCUGCAGCAGCGGUGCGACUGUGCCAAGGGAUUCGAUGGGAGCGAUUGUUCGCAGGUGCGCGCGCAUGGCGUUUGGACGACCAUCGAUUCGGAGGGCAAGCAGGGAUUUGUGCCGCCGGGGAGUGCGUCGCACGGGUCGGCCGUGUUUCGGGACACGUUUUAUGUGGUCGCGGGUGAGAGUUACGCGAAGGCAAAGUCGAUGAUGUACAUGUACGACUUUAAUGGGAAGGUGUGGGAGACGGCCCACACGGAUUCGAAGACGACGCCGGCGCUACGUUACGGGGCGUCGACGGUCAUGUACGGGGACAAGAUCUUCAUGUAUGGCGGGGUGGUUGAGGGAGGUGGUGUUUGUGGCGAGUUGUGGGCGUUUGACGUGAGUGCCAAGAUCUGGGAGAAUAUUACGGUUAAGGCGGAGCCGUGUAACGAGACGUACGCGAUGUGUGGUCCGUUGAAGUCGGCAGGACACACGGCGACGUUGAUAUCGAACUUUGAGGGCGGCAAGAAGGGACAUUCCCAGCGGAUGGUGGUCAUUUUUGGUCAUUCGCCGCAGUUCGGGUACCUGAACACGGUGCAGGAGUACAACUUUGGGACGCGUGAGUGGAAGAUUGUGCGGACGAAGGGUUUUCCGGUGAAGGGCGGUUACGGCCACUCGGCGGCGUACGAUCCGCUGAAGGAACGAAUCUACGUGUACGGCGGGAUAAUAUCUGAGAGCGACAGCACUCAGGUGUUGAGUGGCAAGUUGUACAGCUAUGAACCGCACAGUCGGGUGUGGGUGUUGGAGGCCGCGGCGCCGACGUCCCGGUUCCUGCACACGGCCAACUUUAUCAGCCCGGGCUUGAUGAUGGUGUUUGGGGGAAACACCCACAACGACACUUCGCACAGCUUCGGGGCCAAGUGCUACAGCCGGGAUCUGAUGGUGUACGACAUUCUGUGCGAUUCGUGGCACGUGCAGCAGAUGCCCAACGAUCUGCGGGCGGAUUUGGCCCGGUUUGGCCACUCGGCGAUUGUGUUCGAGGAGUCGCUGUACAUCUACGGUGGGUUCGACGGGCAGAUGAUCAACGAUAUGCUCAAGUUUACGCCGGGCAAUUGUCGGGCGUUUAAUCGGUCCGAUCAGUGCCUGAACGCCCGACCUGGGGUCAAGUGCAUCUGGGACAUCCAGAAGAGCAAGUGCGUUCCGAUUCUGGACGUGGACAAGUCGGUGCUGUUUAGCCGGGACGAGACCAACUACGAAAUUUGUCCGCAGGAGAGCCGGCUGGUCAUGACGCGGCAGGCCCUGAUGGACUACGAACUGUGCAGCUUUCUGUCCAGCUGCCAGAGCUGCGUGUCCACCUCGUACGGGUGUAUGUUCUGUGGGAUUGGCAACCAGAAGGGAUACUGCGCGAAGGAAAAGUGUCCGGACGUGUCGUACACGUAUCGGGCGGAUUUCUACCCGACGCGGAAGCUUAAGGAUUGUCCGGAGAUUGACGGGCUGUUUUGUGGUCAGCUGCACAGUUGUCACGCGUGUACGGCGUACAAGUUCUGCCACUGGGACUACGAGCACAGCAAUUGCGAGUUCCGGACGAACAACACCGGAAGUGGGGACAUCCUGGUGGAUACGCUGCCCUGUCCGCCGGCCUGCUCAGUGUUGACGACCUGCGGCAAUUGUACCCAGGAGGAGUGCAUCUGGUGCCAGAACGAGCAACGCUGCGUUGACAAGAACGCGUACACGGCGAGCUUCCCGUACGGGCAGUGCCGCGAGUGGACAACCGGUUCGAACAAGUGCCGGGCGGCCAGUUCGGGCAAGAGUCAGUGUGGAUUUUUCAAGACCUGCGCUCAGUGUCGCGAUGAUCCUGCCUGUGGGUGGUGUGACGAUGGAUCGAUGACCGGACUGGGGAAAUGUCUACCCGGUGGAGACAGCGGUGCUCACGAAGAAAUGGAAUGCCCUGUGACGAGGUGGCACUUUACGCACUGCCCGAGCUGUCAGUGCAACGGCCACAGCACCUGUCCGGACUCCAAGACCUGCAAGCAGCCGUGCAAAGACCCGAUGAUCGGAGCAAACUGCGAAAAGUGCAAACCCGGCUAUUGGGGCAAUCCGGUCAACGGGGGAACCUGCCAGAAGUGUGACUGCAACGGACAGGCCCAGUACUGCCACAGCGAGACGGGCAAGUGCUUCUGCAGCACGAAGGGUCUCGCCGGAGAUCACUGCGAAAAGUGCGAUGCCACGAACCACUACCACGGUGAUCCGAGCCGAGGUUCGUGCUAUUACGACCUCACCAUCGACUACCAGUUCACGUUCAACCUGUCCAAGAAGGAGGACCGCCACUUUACCCAGAUCAACUUCCGCAACUCGCCGAUCAAGGCGGACAUCGAUGCCGACUUUAGCAUAACCUGCUCGGUCGCCGCCAAGAUGAACAUCACAAUCCGGACGGCGGGCGGCCCGGAAAAGCCACUCUUCUCCGCGGUCAACUGCUCGACCUUCCGGUAUCGCUUCUCGAAAGCGGAGCACCACUUUGGCAUCGAGGACAACGUCACGCUGACGACGUUCUACGUGUACGUGUACGACUUCCAGCCGCCGCUCUGGAUUCAGAUCGCGUUCUCGCAGUACCCGAAGCUCAACCUGCAGCAGUUCUUCAUCACGUUCUCCACGUGCUUCCUGCUGCUGCUGCUGAUGGCGGCCAUCCUGUGGAAGAUCAAGCAGCGCUACGACAUGUUCCGUCGCCGGCAGCGGCUCUUCGUCGAGAUGGAACAGAUGGCGUCGCGGCCGUUCUCGCAGGUCCUGGUCGAGGUCGAAAGCAGCAAGGAGUACAACGAGCUGUCGCCGGCCGUGGAGAAUAUCACGAGCGCACCGCGCAAGCGAAAAAAGGAUUCGCCCAGUCCGAUCGCGCUGGAGCCGUGCGAGGGCAACCGUGCCGCGGUGUUAUCGCUUCUAGUCCGGCUGCCAACCGGUGGCCACCUACACGCUCCUCCUGGCCAGUCGGCCGGUCUGGCCGUGGCCAGCGCCCUGGUGACGCUCGGCAACCCGCGGCGACCGUCGAUAGAGCACCCGAAGGAGCCCAAGAGCAAGCGGAAGCAGAGCCAGCAUCCCGACAGUUGUAUAUAAGAGGCGGAAGGGAGAGUCGGCCGCGCGGACUCGUCGAGACGAUGAGGACGCGUGCGCGACAACGGUGAUGAUAUAAGAUAAGGCUAUAUUACCGAUACUACAAUUUACGAUUAGGUUUUUGGGGGCGUGUGCAUGCAGCAGGUUUAACGUGAACCGCCACCACCAGCCUCUGGAGGAAAGUUUUCCCGUUUUUCUUCUCUUCAUUGUGUUUGUUAUUUUUACGAACAUGGCUACAAUGACUAAAGUUUUACAACAAACCAACCCCCCUCUAUAUUUAAUACACUAACUGUUUGUGAAUAUUAGCGAAUAGUGCGUGCAAGCAAGGGUUGUUGGUACGAGCGAAAAAAAAAGGUUUGCGUUUCUGAGUUUUGGGUCAAGAGUGCGAGAACAAUAGCAAUUAGCUUGAAAGUGUUUUGGUCGAAUCCCGUUGGCGUAAACCGUAUGCUUUCGUCAAGGUCGUGAGUAGACCUUGCCCUGAGUUUCAGAUGUAAAUGAUUGUUUACAACUUUUUUGCAAUUACAAUUACUGGAGUACUAUCCCGAAAAAAAAACCCCGGACUCAGGCCCACGGAUGACAUGUCAAUUUCCUGUUAGAAUUUCAAUAUUGUCUAAAUAGUUUUACAAUUGAAAAAAUCAAUAUUGAAAAACGUUUUCAAAAGCAGAUUAUUUGCCAGCAAAAUAAGCGCUUUCCGCACACCGACGUGGAGUACACAAUAAUUUUGCAGAAAAGCUUGCGUUUUCCAAACCAAUAAUUGAAUUUCGAGUACCUCUCGAUAAACUUAACCAACAUGAGCAACAUUAUUCAACGCCAUUCCGGUUAUGUUGUAGCAUUACAACCUUGACAUCUCGUUUUUUCAUCCUUCUGGGUCGGCAUUACUACUAGGCGAUACAAGGGAGACUCUGAUAGAAUAUCUUUUGAAGUUUUUUCUCCAAAUUCUCAGUUGGGCACGUUUUUCAAGGGAAAAAUUUAAAACCAAAUGAAUUUGCAAAAUCAAACUGUCAAACGUUGUCAUGUUACAGCGGUACGAGCACCGCUGGGAGCAUAUAAUAUACGAGUUAACCUACACGCUUAGUCUAGAUAACUCAUUUUCCUUUUUCUUGGAUUUGUCUAGUGUGCACUUACUUUUGAGUCCAGCUGAGUUCGAUAAUUACACUUCUGGAGUUUUUUUUUAAAUGGUCCAAUAAACCAAAUUUCCAGUUUUUGCUUUUUGGUUGUUUUUGAAACCGCCUUGAGUCAGGGGUAUUAAAAACACCUAAAAAGCAAAAAGUGAAAAUUUGAUAUUUGAUUGAAGAAUUGAUGUCCUAAAAUUAAGCUUAAAUAUGUGACAUUAUUGUUCACAACGAUACAGCUUAUUUUUCAAUGACCCUUUGAACAACCUCAAAGGAUUUAAAAUUGACCUCCUUGAAAGAAUAGGUUUUACUUGACAGCUCGUUCCAAGGGGACCAUAGUUGAUCCAUCGAAAAAUGUUGUCUUGCCAAUAUUUUUUUUUUGCGUUAAAAUGAAAAAAGUGGCCAGAAAUAGUUUUUAAUCGUGUUUUUUACCGUUAUACAUAAAAAUCGGGCAACCCUAUUCCGACCAAAGCAAACUGACAACAGUCGAUAUUAGCACGGUUGUCAAAUGAGAGUCCACAACAAAAGCACUAGCUGUCAAAUGGUAGCCCAUAACAAAUCAUUGUUUGGGUUUUUGAUUUUCAAAUUUCCCGCAAUUCAAACGAUAAGUACCUGCCUGAAAAAACACGUGAAUUGUGUUGCUAAUGGCAAAUUCUUUCAUAUCCUUGGAGAUUUCAUCCCAAUAUUGGCUGAAAAUUCAUAUCGAAAAAGUGUUUUUUCUGUUUACCUUUUUUUGCUUUUUUUUUCUUUUGGUCGAUCAAACAGUGCGCCUGUACACUGAGAAUCGUCAUUACACAUUUUUCAGUUUGGUUUUACACAUUUGCAUGGGACUUUUGAGUUUAACCAGAAUAACAUACUUCGUGUUACUAAAGUAAUAUGUAUAAUACUGAUUAUCAGUGUUUGUUAUCUGAACUUCCAAGAUGGCGGCUUCUUCGCUACCCCCUGAUAAAAAUUCACAUAGGGCUUUAGUACCCAAUUGGGUACUAAAGCCCUAUCUCAAUUUUUAUGUACAACGGUAAAAAACACGAUUUAAAACCAUUUCUGAUCACUUUUUUUUCAUUUUAAUGCUAAAAAAUUGUUUGACAAGACAACAUUUUUUUGAUGGAUCAACUAUGGUCCCCUUUGAACGAGCUGUCAAGUAGGAGCUUUUCUGUCAAGAAGGACCGCGAGGUUAAUUUUUCAAAAUUGAUUUAAAAAUCCAUUUUAAAUACUUUGUGGUCGUACAAAGGGUCAUUGUACUCAGAAAAAUAAGCUCUAUCGCUGUAAACAAUAAUAUCAGCAAUCUAAGCUUCAUUUUAGGACCCAAUUGUGUUACCUGGUAUAUUUUUGUCUAACAUUUGGCUUCGACAAAUAAAGGCCAAAAACAAAAUAUCUUUUCAAUUUCUGUCAUAUUUGUUACAUCACAAAUCGUGUAAAAAGCAGUUGUAAACAAUCAAGUACAAAAAAAAUACAGCGCAAAUUUGUUGGAUUCUCCGUUAAAAUUAGCUUCCGGUUGUAUAGUGUAACUUUGUGUUCAAAUCUAGGUUCAAAACCAUUAGCGAACCACCGGUUAAACUAACCUGUUUUGUUUGAGCUAGAAUUUAAGUUGCAAUUUAAACUUGCAAACACACACUUUCUUUCACAACACCCACAUUGCGAGCGUCGUAAAAGCAGCAACAAAGAAUACUCAGCCAGAUGAUGUUGGCCACUUUCCAAACAACAACAAAAAAAGAGUCUUCAGAGUUGCACUUCCGGAAAAAAACACUGGUUUUUUGUUACCAGACACACAAUGAACCCCAAAGCAAGGCUCCUGUAAAGAAGGUUAGAGUCUUUAAGUCACUCUCAAGUUAGAUCUAAAAUUUUGUGUUUGAGCAGCAAAGCAAUUGCAUUUGUACCACCAAGAAACAAGAAAUGUGAGUGGGAAAAAAAUCAAAAACCAACGUGAAAUGACGAUAAGUGAGUUUUAAAAGUGGGCGCGGUUUUUAAACAAGAAUGAUGUGAUUAGUCGAUAUUAGCGGUAAAGCGAGGCAGGUUUCACGAAAAACACACUGAAAAAAAACACACAGAAGAGAGUUACAAGCAUUGCAUUGAUGGAAACGCAUGGCCUCCCGGUGCACGGAAAAAAAAACACGAAAGAUUUUAAAAUGAAGAAUCAAAAAUCCAACCUAGGCUAAAUCAAACAAGUUAAAACAAAACCACUGUACUAUGACUAAGAAAACAACCUAUUAUGACUGUACUAAUGCGGAAUGCAUCUCAGAGCUGAGGGUUUGUGGAAAAGAACGGCACUUACUGAAACUGGUGAAGAAACAUAAACUAAAACAAUAGUUUGUAGGGUAACAAAAAAAAAACGAGAAUCGAUACGUCUGAUGCUAGGAUCUAUGUAGAAACAAACAACAAAUAAAUAAUACACUAGAUUUAGAGACACACUUUUCCAAGUUUCCAAGUAAAGUAGGAUACGCAGAUAACAGUGUGUGUAAGAGAGGAGAAAGCGAACAUGAAAAAUCACAAGUAGCAUUUGUAAAACAAACAAAAAUAUGGGUAAACAAUUUACUGCAGAAUGAGUAAUUCAAAACACACACACACUCAUACAGCAUGUGAGCAAAAAAGUAUUUUAUGGCAUUUGUUGCAAUAAUAAAACAAAACUGACGACAUCAGAAA